AUGGUUACUGGUAGUACUACUUUGAAUGCUGCUAUUAAUGGCAGUGCUCCAGUCACAACAAAGAAGAAGCGUUACGUUACAAAGGCAGUAAGACAAUCACAACAGUACCAACAACAAUAUCAAAGACAACAACUACUCGCGAGGCAAGCUUUUUUACAAAAUAGGUUGAAAUCCGAUCCGAUAAAUUCAAUUAUUCACGACGAAAGUGAUACAAUCUCCUUCAGAGCUAAUCUUCUAAAAAAUUUCAUCAAUACAAACGACUAUUUGGGUGUCUUAUUAACACAAAAUCUACCCAUUAAUUUAAUUAAACCGCCAGCUAUUCAUGAGAAUCCAGCGACGGAAUUAUCACAGUUACAGAAAAAAUUAGAAAAUAACAGUCUCGAAGUAAAUGCACUUAAAGAGAAACUGAAUACUAUCACCACCACUUCUAUCACGUUAGAUGAUUUAGAUUUCCCAUUAGAAUCAUUUGAUACCGUCUUAAAAGAAUAUAUUGACAAUCAUGGAUUACGCGUUCAAGACAAUAGAGUCGUAAAACAUAAAGAUAAAUUUAACCAUCUUGUAGCACAAGUUAAUGAAGCUCCAUCUGAUUAUUGGGAAAAGCAAUAUCACAAAAUUAUUGAAAAUCAAAAGACGAAAAAACGUGAGUUAGAAUUACAAAAACUUCGAGAACAAGAAGAAUCAAAGAAGAAAGAGGAAGAGCGGAGACGAAAGGAACAGGAAGAACUGGAAUUGAAGCGUAGACGUGAGGAAGCAGACGCCUUAAGAAGGCAGCAAGAACAACAAGAACAAAUAAGGCAGCAGCAACAAUUGCAACAGGAACAACAGCAACGACAGCAGCAACCAGAUUUUACAAAUAUUGCAUUACCUAUUGUUCCAGAUGAAUUGGUACCGAAUGAUAUUACAAGUGUCCAAGUACCGAUUGCAGAACAAGUCCUAGGUACUAAUGAAAAAGAUAUUCAGGAAAAUAACGAAAAUGAUGCUGACAAAAAUAAAAAUCAACAAGAUUUAUUGGAUGAAAUGUUCGGUGAUUACAAUAAUGAACCUUUUAAUUCAGGUUUUGACGAUGGUUUUGAAGAUUUAGAUAAUGUUUUCUUUUAA